AUGAUAAUAUUAUUGUUCUUAUAUGAAUAUAUUAAACAUUUUUCUGAAUGUGAAACUUUUAUGAAUGAAAGUGAAACAUAUAAAAAUUCAUGUUAUAAUAAAAUUUGUAAUAAAAUUGAACUAAGUAAUUUUUAUGAAUCUGGAAACAGAAAUAUGUACAGGUGCAUGAAAUUUAUGCAUUAUAUAUCCAAUAUAUAUUUUAAAACAGAAUCCACAGACCUACAGAAAACCUAUGUGUGUACUUGUAUUAUUGGAUAUAUCAUUAUCUUAUGGAAAUUAAAAAAGGUAACAUCACCAAAAUAUUUUUUAAUGCAUUGCUUAAGACAUACAAAGAUUAUGCUUGCAAACGAACGCAAAAAAAAAUACAAGAUAUACCUAGAAUUAUUCCAAUUUUACACCCACAACAACGACCACAUGCAGGUCAAAUGUUGCAGUUCCUAUUUUAGUCACAUUGAUUGUAAUAAUAUUAAUAUAUUAUUUAUUUUUGUUCGUUCAUAA